CAGUUAGAAAUCAUAGGUCCUUUGUGUUUAAGGACCUGGUGGGGAAAUGAUUUACAACUACCCAAACAAGCAAACCUAUCUUCCUGACAGAGUCCUCACUGGGCGAAACACAUGCUAGUCACGUCCACACUUGGAGCCAGGGUAGAGCAACAUUGGGGUUUCGGUGGCGAUGAUAAUAGAUGUCAGACCGUCAUCUGAAUAUUGAUGCGGAGGCCAGUCUGCGUUCGUAGAGGAGCAGAAGGAAGCAAGAUGGCUGCCCUUUAGGAUUUGUUUGAAAGGAGACAGAUUGCACUUUGCUGGAUUUCUGCGGCGCUGAGGGAGAUACUGAGACUCAAGCGAUCUUUAUGCACCAGUUUGAAGUGUUUUUGUCAGAGCACAGUAAAGGGAUAGUGGUACCGUGGAACAGAUACGUUCAGUGGGUAACUUUGUGGAUGGCCCUCAAGCAGACCAGAUGGAACAGGAAAGAGCCAGUCAUGUCGAGGACAAGAGACUGAGUCCAGUAAUAACAAUCCGUUGCCACGCUCCAGAGUGUCCCGCUGAAGCUCUGUUGGUGAAAGACGAAACUGUAAGUGAAUUACAACAACCAGAAAUCGAGCCGCAUCAGGUCAAUGGAGAUUGCAAAUGGGACAGUGUGAAAAGCAGCUACAUUGAGAGCCACGCACAGGAACAGGAGGGAAACUCUGAGAACCCCGACGCUCGGCGAGAAACGUUAAGAGCCUCCAAGAACGUGCAGAACGGAGUUAAGCAUGUCCUCGGUGAAUUUUCUUCGUAUGGUCUUCAGCAAUGCAAGAAAAUAAAGUUGGACGAAGAGGCGAAUGGGCAGGACGCGGACUUAAAGAAUCAAGAUGCCAAAGUGAAAAGGUGCAUUUGGGGAAAGGGUGGACUUUUUGAGACCGACGGGCGGAAUUCGCCGGGAGAUGCGAGCAAGCCUCCAGCUCCUGACAAUGAAGCUCCCGGAUGCCUCCAACCACAACCAAACAAGAAGGUCGUCAAGGAAAUUGAGAGUUACAAAAACGGAGACGUUCUCCCCUUCUUCGAAAACAACCAGGUGCCAGUUGCAAACGGUGCUAUAAGUUCUGCAUCUUCCACAAACAUUCAGCAGGAUGGUCUCUGGGACAACGCGCUGUCUCCGGGCUAUCCAGAGUUCUUGUUUACUUCAGUAUCCCGUGAAUACACCAGAACAACUCAGACCACAGUUCCCUCACAUACCUCAGGGCCACCGCUGCCCCCCUGGAGCUCCCCCUCUGCGCCGCCGCCGGCUUCAGCUGGAGUCAGCACGGAGGCCCUCGCCUCGGGGAGAUGCGGCACCUUCCCGUCAGUGUGCUCGCUGAAGGCAGAAGGGCAGCAGCUUCGGCAGGUGGCCGCCACCAUGAGCCAGGAGGGGCAGGGCUGGGCGGGGCCGAGACGCCCGCAGGCCGGCGGCCUGGGCGCCACCUGCUUCAUCCAGAUCGCCAGCACCGCCCCCAACACCGUAUUCCGGGUCGGUGCUACCGGCCGACCGGACACUCUGUCACAGGCGGCGGGGCUCGGCUUCCCUCCCGACCGACACAACGGCGGCAGCAGCGGUAACCUGGGCCUGCCGGAGCUGUCGGGCAGCAGGCGGUCUCCGGCACAGGCCUUAGGGCUGCCCCUGCCGACGGCACGGCCCCCAUCGGCCUGCGGAGAGCCGGAGCUGCGCGGCCCGGCCGAAGGUGGGGCCUCCCCCCAGCGGCACGGCAGUGGUCGAGGCGGAGAGCCGGCUCAGCGGGCGCAGGUCGACGCCUGGUCGCCGCCCCAGCAACAAGAGCAGGCGAAGGCCCGGGCGUGGGCCAACUCCGGGCAGCAGGAGGGCAGAGGGGCUGCCCCGAGCGCACGGCCGUCGCAGCCGCACCGGGUAGUCCCGGAGCAGGAGGAGGAGGGGCCGGCCGGCCUGAAGAAGGGCGAAGGGCAGAGGGCGGUGCCGGAGCCCCAGGAGGCGGCGGGCCCCGAAAGGCACGAGUACCGGCCGCAGUCCGCUCCACAGCGCCUGCUCCAGGCCAAGGCGGAGACCCCGGCGGCGGGGAGGACGUCGCUGCUGCAAGGCGCUGCCGCUGCCCCGGGCCGGCCCCACUCGGUGCCCCGGCAGCCGGACGUGCUGCUGGUGAACCCCCGGCCCCAGUCCUGGCACUUGGAGCAGGGAGCGGCUGGGCCAGCUCCCCAUCUCUGGUCGCAGGGGCCCCAAACCCAACAGCCGCAGCUUCCCCCCGACCCCAUGGCGCCAGCUUCCAACCACCCUCACCCGAGCGGUGGCGGGCGACAGCCCGGCGGCAACUUAGAGCAGGUGGAGCUGGUCAAAGUGGAGACCCCAGUGGGGACGUCGAGUGAGCGACAGUCCAAUCCAAUGCAGAAAUACCACAGCCAGCCUCAGAAUACCCAGGGUCCCGCUCACAGAAAACUAAGCGAGUCUCAGUUGAACAAGGUCGUCCUGCAUUACUGCGGCAACCGGCAGAUUAGCCCAGGGGGGACAGGAUCACUUUACGGGACAGAAAGCAGCGUGAGCCAAGGUUUUCUGCCGCCAAGCAAAGGCACUGAUUUACCGCAAAUUCAACACACCCAGCAGGAGCCGGGGCAAGCUCAGAACCCAAAGCAACAAGUCCAUCACACAUCUGUUAUCCAGCAAACCCAGCAGCUACCGGUCCAUCAGCGACACUCACAGGUACCAGCUGAACUCCUCCAGACGCACUCUGCCAGAACUGCGCCGGACUAUUCAGUCCCUCACUCACACCCAACCUCAGUGCAAAUGUUCCAAGGCGCGCAAAAUCCUCGGUGUCCAUCCGUUCAGAAGGAAGAAAAGUUUCAAACAAACACAGCACUUAAAUCCCAUUUAUCGCCACAGGAAGAAAGUCAAAUGAAACCACACCAACAAAGAGUACAAGAUUUCAAAGGACUUUAUAAAGUGAUUAAGACCGAGAAAGAAUCUCCGACAGGCCCUUCACCGAUACUCUCCAACGCCCAGCUGAAAAGCGAACCUGAAGUAGUGAAUGUUAUUAAACAGCAGAGCCAGCAAUUCAGCUGUGACCACCAGAGACAAGAAAGGAGUAUCAUUGAAGCACUGGAGCAGCGCUUCAAAGAGUACCAUCUCUCCUUCCCCUUUGAACGGCAGUCAUGUGUCAAGUCGCCCAAGCAAGUGAAGGUCGAAACUUCAGGGCCGCUCACUGUUUUGUCUGCUACCGCAGAUUUCGAGUCUGAUAUGGGCGGCGACUGUACCUCAGCACUACAAACCAGCUCGUCCACCGAGGCCACGCCAACAAAAAAAACACCAGGAUCCACCCUGAGUAAUUUUUUAGAGUCACCCUUGAAACUUUUAGACACUCCUAUUAAAAGCUUAUUGGAUACCCCGAAAAAGACGCAAUUUGAUGUCCCUGCGUGCAGCUGUGUUGAGCAAAUUAGUGAAAAAGACGAAGGUCCUUACUACACACACCUUGGAGCAGGCCGUGACGUAGCACAAAUUCGAGAGCUAAUGGAAAAUAGGUUUAGCAAGAAAGGCAGUGCUAUAAGAAUCGAGAAAAUUAUUUAUACCGGCAAAGAGGGCAAAAGCAGUCAAGGGUGCCCUAUUGCAAAAUGGGUGCUUCGACGAAGAUGUGUUGAAGAGAAGUUGCUCUGCCUGGUCCGGGAGCGAGCCGGUCAUUCAUGUGACACUGCAGUGCUUGUUGUCCUGAUCCUGGUGUGGGAAGGAAUCCCUUUGCCACUUGCUGACCGACUGUAUGUGGAGCUCACGGACACCCUGAGGAGACAUGGCGCCUUGACCAGCCGCAGAUGUGCACUAAAUGAAGAACGAACGUGUGCUUGUCAAGGGCUGAAUCAAGACACUUGUGGAGCCUCGUUUUCCUUCGGCUGCUCCUGGAGUAUGUACUAUAACGGGUGUAAGUUUGCUAGGAGUAAAGCCCCCAGGAAAUUCAAGCUACUUGGCGAUGAUCCCAAAGAGGAGGAGAAGCUGGAGGCAAAUCUGCAAAACCUAGCUAGUUUAUUGGCACCUAUUUACAAGAAGCUUGCCCCAGAUGCAUUCAAUAAUCAAGUUGAAUUUGAACAGAGAGCACCAGAUUGUCGCCUUGGCCAGGCAGAGGGCCAUCCAUUCUCAGGAGUGACUGCUUGUGUUGAUUUUUGUGCCCAUGCUCACAGAGAUUUGCACAACAUGCAGAAUGGUAGCACAGUGGUUUGCACACUUACCAAAGAGGACAAUCGAGUUAUUGGCCAAAUUCCAGAUGAUGAACAGCUCCACGUGCUGCCUUUGUACAAAAUUUCUUCUACUGAUGAGUUUGGAAGUGUGGAAGGUCAAGAAGAAAAGAUCAAACAAGGUGCUAUUCAGGUGUUGACCUCUUUCCGCCGUGUGGUGAGAAUGUUGGCUCGUCCAGUCAAGUCUGGGCGGCAGAAGAAGGAAUCCAGGAAGGCUGGGCGGCCCUUGAAUCAGGAGAACAGCACUGCAAAAGCCGAGAAGGGGCAUUCAACUACAGCACGAUCAAAUCAGGCCAGCUCAGAGAACACAGCUUCCAAACAGCAGGUGCCAAGUCACACUAUUCCGCCAACUAUUCAACAGCAUACAGUACCCAAUAUCUACCAGUCGGCCCAACCAAGCACUUACCCAGGUUACCAGUGUAAUGGAAGCACAUCAAUUGACAACUUUCAUCAUUAUAUGGGGUCUUACUAUCCCUCACUUGCACACCAUAUGGACAUGUACCGUUAUCAAGUUCCAAUGAAUAAACUAACCUUGCCACCAAUUCAGACUCUCUACCAGCAGUUUUCAAAUUCUUACAGGUUUGGCAAUAAUCAGAUGUGUAUGAGCAGGUUUUGUAAUUAUACUGAUUAUGGUGUGCCAGUUAAUGGCUACAAUGGUUGCCAGAUUGACAACAGAAUAGCAAACAUCCAACAAAUGAGGGGUUAUCCCCAUUUUGAUUCUUCCCCUCAAACUGAGACCCAACUCAUGGAACCUACUUCUAAACCAGCAUCCAAUGUGAGUCAACAGACAUCGGAUCAUCCUGCAGUAGCUCAUGGCAGCCAAUACCCUUCAUACACAAGCUCGUACCGAUCCAGUGAUCAUCGGCCUGCUAAUUCUUUCCAAAUAGAAAAUAAAGAAAAUGAACUUAAUAUGCUUGAAGCUAACGGUACAUCAAGACUUCCUCCAACAAAUAAUUAUGAUGUUGCUAAAACUUCACAAGCAGAGGUAUCUGCAACUGUCAAUCACAAAGUUCCCGAAAACACCUCUCUCACGCUUUCACAAAGUAAUGCACCUGCUCCAGAAGAGCCUCAGGAGGUUUGGUCUGACAGUGAACAUAACUUCUUAGAUAAAGACAUUGGAGGGGUUGCAGUGGCACCGUGCCAUGGAUCUAUUCUCAUUGAGUGUGCAAAACGUGAACUACAUGCAACAACCCCAUUGAAAAACCCUAACAGAAACCACCCAACAAGGAUAUCUCUUGUAUUUUAUCAACACAAAAGUAUGAAUGAGCCAAAACAUGGAUUAGCACUGUGGGAGGCCAAGAUGGCUGAUAAAGCCAGAGAGCGAGAAGAAGAGGCAGAGAGACUUGGUUUGGAUUCUGUGCCUACCAAAUCUUACAGCAAAAAAGCAAAAAGAGAGGCCCCAGAAUCACAUGAACCCAUAGAACCACCACAAAUACGUUUUAUGAGGACUCUUGCGCAAAGGACUAUGACUUUCACAACAAACUCAGUAACUACAGCAUUCCCAUAUGCCUUCACACGGGUUACAGGGCCUUAUAAUCGUUGGAUAUAGCUUCAUACUCACCUGGGUUACCUCAUUUUCUGUCUAGCAUUUGGCAAGGCAGCUGUGCUAUACCCUAUGGGGAAGAAACAAUGUUUGAUUCAGCACUGGCAAAAAGAAUAAAACACCAGCAAAUGGAGACAGGCUACAAAACACUUACCCUGUAUCCUAAUUCAAAUUUUAAAGAGUGCUCACAGUAAGGACCAAGCUGAAAAGUGUCCUAUGCAAAAACUGUUCUAUCAGAACAUUAUUCUGGAAUAUGGAUACAUACAGGGCCUUUCUGUAAAUUAAUUUAAGCUAAGUAUUUAUGCUAGACACAAGUGACCUCUAAUGUCAUUGAUGAGCCUAUUCCUAGGAAACAGGGCAGGAGCUGAACCCAGUCCUCUGGUGCUGAGUGUUUAUACUAUUACCAGGGCAACAUUCAAUAACUACACAUUUCCAACAUGUAGUUUUCAUUGCAUAAAAUGUCUAUCCAAACUCAUAGUAGUUUGUUUGCCUUUCCUUAUAUGUUGAUUGCAGAUAACAGUCAAUUCAUACAGCUGAAAUUGAUUUUAAUUGAUUAAUCAGGAAAAAAAACACUGAAAAGUUUGAAAAUCAUGGUGCUAUGAAACACUUGACCAUCAUGGUGCUAUACUUAGAGGAUUUUUAACAUCUUUGAUGUAAAUUUCAAAUGCCAUUUUAAUGGUUUCAUAAUUAUUAACAUUUUUCAAUUGAUUAAUUGAUGCUGAGGUGUCCUCUCAUAAUGAAGAGGUCUUUUAAUUUAAAGCUACAGCUGUGUUAAUUAAAAAAAAGCCUACAUUUAAAAUGUAGUAAAGUACUUUGGAGGGUCGAUGAAUUCUGAUUCUAUAGUAAUCCUCAAAAUGAAUUUCAUGGAAUAUUUUGUAAGACUUUGGUGUUCAAAAAGCACUUUGAAUAUUUUAAACAUUGACAUCUUGAAGGGUGAUAGAGUACUAAGGCACUAAGAAAUUUACUGUAAAAUAAAAGAUUGUCAAAGUACUAUAUGCUAUCCUACCCAUAAGUCAGAUAUAGGCUAUGUGUAUACCCUUUAAGUGUCAUAGAUUACCUUACAGUUUGGGAUUUACUGGACACAAUGGGAAACCUUAAAAGAAUGCCACAUAAAACACUGAUUCUGGUGCUCGCAUACAAUAUGCAGCUAUAUUUGUAUGUUAAAAUAUAAAAGUCUGUACUAAAUCAUUAAAGUUAUUGUGCAUUUUUUAGAUUCUAGGCUUUCAUAUUAACACUUAUCCCACAGCAUGUUUUAGACAAAAAUACUAUGGUUAUCCUAGACCAAUUAAAACAUUUAUAAAUGAAUUAUAUAGUCAUUCAGUAGAUUUGAUUUACAAUGAGAUGCUGAUGUUUGGAUAUGAAUGCUUUUACAGUUACAAUAUAAGCAGAGUCAUUAGGCAAGAGAGCUGAUAACAUACCAGGGAAGAAGAAUACAGGGUUAGUUGUAUCAAAAUGGCAAAAUCAGGCAGCUGGCUUGCUGUGGUAAUGUUAAAAUCAUUAAUUUGUAAAUAUGAAAAUAUAAAAAAACAAAAAAAUUAAAACUGUGUACAGUAAAUUAAUUUGUAAACAGAAAUUUCUUUUUUUUUACUUAAUGCUUUUACUAUUUUAGUACUGUAAUAUUUUCCUAAUACUUUCUUUUAAGCUUUUUUUCCAGAAUGGUGCUACUCAAUCUGCUACAGUUAAAAUGUGAGUUUAGGAAGUGUAAAGGGGGUUGGAGAUGUUCCUACUUGUCAUAUACCUCAGCUCUUGUACUGGGCAAUAGGAAAAUGAUGUUUCAGUAGUCAGUAGUGUUUUGUACACCAUCAUUGUUUAAUUUAAGAUAGUCUUUAUGACAUAAACACUUUUGUUUCAUUUUGAUACUUGAUAACUUGAAACUCAAGCUUUUGUUCUACAAGAUGAUCAGGGAUAUUACAACUCUUAUAUUCUCCUUUUGCCAAUACAUCACCUGUGUUUUAAUACCACCCUUUGUUUUAUUUUUCAGGGAUACCUUCAUUUUGUUUAAUCCCUAUUUGGAUUUUACGUGUAUAGUGGGAUACAUGUACUUGAUGCUUCAAAUUGAGCGUUUGUGAAGCAAUGGUUUUGUUUUUAAUUCUAAGCAAGAAAGUACGUAAUAGUUCUUUUUUCUUUAAGAAUUUGAAUGAUGUAUGCACUGAGCUGAUAAAAGGGAAGAAAAAAACAAUUGAGAUUUGUUAUUUUCAUGGCGGGUAGGGGGUUGGAUUAGUGUCUCAUAUGAAUGAAUGAAUGAACUUGUGCCACUUGUUGUACAGGGCCCAGCUUCAGUAGCAACAUGUCUGUUGGAAGUAAAGUGCAUGUAUAGGGUAUUGGGUUGAUGCUAGCCAUACUUGAAGAAGCUUCAGAGUGGUGUUGACAUUACUUGAAUUUAAUUUCAGUUUGAUUGACGCACAGAAGUAUAUAUUGUUCACUUCUCAAGUUAGAGGUCAAUGUAUACUCAAGUGUAAGAUACUUAAUUGAAUUUGACACUAAAAGUCAGUUUUGGUGUGCAUUUCAUUCUAUUCUGUAUUUUAUUUUAGCUUUGCUCUUUACUGAUAAAUUGGGUAUGUUGAAAAAAGAUAAACGAGGCUGGUUAUAAAUACUGUAAGUAAUGUACUAAAAGCGGAAAGUUAUUUGAAAGCUGUUUAUUAUAUCAUUCCCGAUAAUGCUGAGAUGUGGGUCUUUUUAAUAAAAUUUAUAUUUAUUUAAUGCAGA